AUGCUUGCGAAACAUUGUCUUGUGUUCUUAGCAAUAUUAAUUGAAAUUCAUCUUACACUAUGUAGACAAAGCUGCACGAAGUUUUUUAUUAACUACAGUGUUGCCAGAACAAUUGUGUCAAUUCGUCGUUUAAAUGAAAGAAACCUAGAAUCAAAUGGAUUUGUAAUGAAGGAAGGUGACAUCGGUUACACCGAACCAGGAACUACUUCUCCCAAAAGUGGGAAAGCUAAUCGUGAAGCGGAAACUGUAACAACAUUCGAGACACUCAUACGCGAUAAAACUGAUGACGAUUUCAGCUCUCUUGCAGAGUACGAAGAAUGUUUAUUAUGGAGAAGAUCGAGCCUGACCUCUCGUCCUAAAUAUCGUUCUAUAAAUGGAUAUGGUAAUAAUUUGAAGAAUCCGUAUUGGGGUUCCAGUGGUGUUCCAUUUGGUCGUUUCACUCCCAAAACUUAUGACGAUGGAAUUCAUGCUGUUCGAAAAAGUGUGACGGGAAGAGAAUUACCGAGCGCGAGAAAACUUGUGACAGAUGUUUUGUUGAAAGCUGAAAAAGCAAAUCCACCAUCUCGGACUCCAAAUAUGCUCAUCAAUUUGAUCGUUCUUUAUUUAACUCACGACAUGGCGUUUCAAGCUCCUGUUGAAGGAAUUACCAGAGAAAAAAUCAGAUGUUGCUCAAAGCAAAAUAAAAAUGUUUUACCACCGGAUUUCUUAAAUUCAGCUUGUCUUCCGAUUUCUGUUCCUGAUGACGAUCCAUUUUAUAAGGCGAAAAAUGUUGGAUGUUUGAACAUGAUUCGUGCUCAACAAUCUACAACUCCUUACAAGCUCCAAUCUGGUGAGAUUCUUAACAAGGCAACAUCGUUUAUGGAUCAUUCAAUCAUUUAUGGAGCUGAAGAAUCUGAUACAAACAAAAUCAGAACUUUCUCAAAUGGAAAGCUGAGAAUCCCUUCAAAUAAGGUUUUGCCAACUGAUAAAAAUGGAAAUUAUUUGGACAGCAGUUUGAGGUUGGUAGUUGCACCAAUUGGUGCUGUAUGGCCAGCACUUUUUGCAAAGAACCACAAUUACUUGGCUGACGGCUUAGUUGGUGUCAAUCCACAAUGGGAUGACGAAAGAAUCUUCCAAGAAGCUCGAAGAAUAAAUAUUGCAGUUUUCCAAUCUGGAAUAUUCACAGGUCGAAUCAUUGAAACUGUUUUUAAAAAACGAGUUGAAGAAACUUAUAAUGAAGCUUUUGAUGCAUCGACUUCUCUUGAAUUCUCGGCUUCUUAUCGCUUAGGUCAUUUUUAUCUUCAAGACGAUAUGUGGUUGGUUGAUGUUAAUGAUCCACAAAAAAUAGAAAAAAUUUUACAUUCUGAUGCGUUAGGACGAAUUGAUUUAUUCGAAAAUAAUUUCGAUGAGACUGUUCGUGGUGUGUUGCUGCAACCUCUUAAUUUUAAUCAGUUUUCUGAUGAGAUUGUCAACAAAUUUGCAAAGAAUGAAGAUGGAAUAGGACUUGAUCUGUUAUCCAUUGAUAUUCAACGAGGUCGAGAUCAUGGACAUCCAACGUUUCUUGAUGCGAGAAGAAAAUGUGGAUUCAAUUCUGACUUCAAAUCAUUCGAUGACUUGAUUGCAAUCUUCCCCCAGAGUAAUGUUGAUUUGUUGAAAGCAAUUUAUGAUGACGUUGAAGACAUUGAUCUCCAUGUCGGUGGUUUCUUGGAAACAUUUUCAACACUUGACAACGUUCUUGCUGGUGAAACUUAUGGAUGUAUCAUUGGAGAACAAUAUCGAAGAACAAUGGGAGGUGACGCCUACUUCUACACGCACAAAACAAAUCCUUAUCCAUUCACAGAUGCCCAGAUAAAUGCGAUUGAAUCUUUUUCAUUAAAUCACGUAAUCUGUAAGAACACCAAUGAAAUAAAUGUCCCGAAAACUUGUUGCAAAGACUACUUUAAAAACUAUGUAAACGCCAGGGUACUUGAGUCAACUCGAAAUACAUUCGAAAGAAAUUUGCAAAAAAAAGGAUUUGUAAUGCGGGAGGUUGAUAUCGGUUACAUUGAACCAGGAACUUCUUCAAGUAAUAGUGAUAAAAAAAAUCGCCAAGCAGAAGUUUUAACAACAUUGGCGACACUUAUUCGGGAAGAUACUGAUGAUGAGUUCAGUUCCCUUUCAGACUAUGAAGAAUGUUACAGUUGGAAAAAGCCAGAAUUGACCUCUCAUACUAAAUAUCGUUCUAUUAGUGGAUAUGGUAAUAAUUUGAAGAAUCCGUAUUGGGGUUCCAGUGGCACUCCAUUUGGUCGUUUCGCUCCCAAAACUUAUGACGAUGGAAUUCAUGCUGUUCGAAAGAGUGUGACGGGGAGAGAAUUACCGAGCCCGAGAAAACUUGUGACAGAUGUUUUGUUGAAAGCUGAAAAAGCAAAUCCACCAUCUCGUACUCCAAAUAUGUUCAUCAAUUUAAUCGUUCUUUAUUUAACUCACGACAUGGCGUUUCAAGCUCCUGUCGAAGGGAUUGAUGGAGAAAAAAUCAGAUGUUGUUCAAAUCAUAACAAAAAUGUUUUACCAGCAGAUCUUUUGCACUCAGCUUGUCUUCCGAUUUCUGUUCCUGAUGACGAUCCAUUUUAUAAGGCGAAAAAUGUUGGAUGUUUGAACAUGAUUCGUGCUCAACAAUCUACAACUCCUUACAAGCUCCAAUCUGGUGAGAUUCUCAACAAGCGUUGUAGCAAAUACCUACUGAGAAUCCCUUCAAAUAAGGUUUUGCCAACUGAUAAAAAUGGAAAUUAUUUAGACAGCAGUUUGAGGUUGGUAGUUGCACCAAUUGGUGCAGUAUGGCCAGCACUUUUUGCAAGGAACCACAAUUACUUGGCUGACGGCUUAGUUAGUGUCAAUCCACAAUGGGAUGACGAAAGAAUCUUCCAAGAAGCUCGAAGAAUAAAUAUUGCAGUUUUCCAAUCUGGAAUAUUCACAGGUCGAAUCAUUGAAACUGUUUUUAAAAAACGAGUUGAAGAAACUUAUAAUGAAGCUUUUGAUCCUUCGAUUUCUCUUGAAUUUUCGGCUUCUUAUCGCUUAGGUCAUUUUUAUCUUCAAGACGAUAUGUGGUUGGUUGAUGUUAAUGAUCCACAAAAAAUAGAAAAAAUUUUACAUUCUGAUGCGUUAGGACGAAUUGAUUUAUUCGAAAAUAAUUUCGAUGAGACUGUUCGUGGUGUGUUGCUGCAACCGCUUAAUUUUAAUCAAUUUUCUGAUGAGAUUAUCAACAAAUUUGCAAAGAAUGAAGAUGGAAUAGGACUUGAUCUGUUAUCCAUUGAUAUUCAACGAGGUCGAGAUCAUGGACAUCCAACGUUUCUUGAUGCGAGAAGAAAAUGUGGAUUCAAUUCUGACUUCAAAUCAUUCGAUGACUUGAUUGCAAUCUUCCCCCAGAGUAAUGUUGAUUUGUUGAAAGAAAUUUAUGAUGACGUUGAAGACAUUGAUCUUUAUGUCGGCGGUUUCUUGGAAACAUUUUCAACACUUGAUGACGUUCUUGCUGGUGAAACAUUUGGAUGUAUCAUUGGAGAACAAUAUCGGAAAGUGAUGGGAGGUGACGCCUAUUUUUAUAGUCAUGAAACAAAUCCUUAUCCAUUCACAGAUGCCCAGAUAAACGCGAUUGAAUCUUUUUCAUUUAGUAACAUAAUUUGUAAAAAUACUAAUGAAGAAAGUGUCCCAAGAAUUUGGUUCAUACUUGAAGAUCCACAGAAUCCUCAAAUUCCAUGCGAUCAGAUGCCACCAACAAUCAAAAUGUUAUUAAACAAAAUUUUAUUGACGAGCAUAUUAACUUUAAUGAAGUUGUGUUUUAUUAGAUCCCACAAUUGUACGAACUUCUUCUUAAACUAUAACGUUGCGAGAACACUUGUAUCAAUUCGUCGUCUAAAUGAAAAACAUUUGAAGUCGUGUGGAUUUGUGAUGAAAGAAGGCAACAUUGGGUAUACUGAACCAGGAACUUAUUCUAUCGGGAGUGGUGGAGCUAAUCGUGAAGCUGAUACAUUGACAACAUUGGCGAAACUCAUACGGGAUAAAUCUGAUGAUAAUUUCAACUCGAUUGAAGAUUAUGGAGAGUGCUAUGAUUGGAAAAAGCCAGAACAAAUUUCGUGCACAAAAUAUCGUUCUAUUAGUGGAUAUGGUAAUAAUUUGAAGAAUCCGUAUUGGGGUUCCAGUGGGACUCCAUUUGGUCGUUUCGCUCCCAAAACUUAUGACGAUGGAAUUCAUGCUGUUCGAAAGAGUGUGACGGGGAGAAAAUUACCGAGCCCGAGAAAACUUGUGACAGAUGUUUUGUUGAAAGCUGAAAAAGCAAAUCCACCAUGUCGAGCUCCAAAUAUGUUGACAAAUUUGAUCGUUCUGUAUUUAACUCAUGACAUGGCGUUUCAAGCUCCUGUCGAAGGAAUUGAUGGAGAAAAUAUUAGAUGUUGUUCAAAUCAUAACAAAAAUGUUUUACCAGCAGAUCUUCUGCACUCAGCUUGUCUUCCGAUUUCUGUUCCUGAUGACGAUCCAUUUUAUAAGGCGAAAAAUGUUGGAUGUUUGAACAUGAUUCGUGCUCAGCAAUCUACAACUCCUUACAAGCUCCAAUCUGGUGAGAUUCUUAACAAGGCAACAUCGUUUAUGGAUCACUCAAUCAUUUACGGAACUGAAGAAUCUGACACAAACAAAAUCAGAACUUUCUCAAAUGGAAAGCUGAGAAUCCCUUCAAAUAAGGUUUUGCCAACUGAUAAAAAUGGAAAUUAUUUAGACAGCAGUUUGAGGUUGGUAGUUGCACCAAUUGGUGCAGUAUGGCCAGCACUUUUUGCAAGGAACCACAAUUACUUGGCUGACGGCUUAGUUAGUGUCAAUCCACAAUGGGAUGACGAAAGAAUCUUCCAAGAAGCUCGAAGAAUAAAUAUUGCAGUUUUCCAAUCUGGAAUAUUCACAGGUCGAAUCAUUGAAACUGUUUUCAUGAAAAAUGUCAACGAAACAUACAACGAAGCUUUUGAUCCAUCGACUUCUCUUGAAUUUUCGGCGGCUUAUCGUUUGGGUCAUUUUUAUCUUCAAGACGAUAUGUGGUUGGUUGAUGACGAACUUAAUGUUGAAAAAAUUUUACAUUCUGAUGGAUUAGGACGAAUUGAUUUAUUCGAAAAUAAUUUCGAUGAGACCAUUCGUGGUGUGUUGUUGCAACCGGUUAAUUUUGAUCAGUUUUCUAAAGAGAUUUAUAACAAGUUUGCAAAGAAUAAAGAUGGAAUAGGACUUGAUCUGUUAUCCAUUGAUAUUCAACGAGGUCGAGAUCAUGGCCUCCCGACAUUUCUUAAUGCGAGACGAAAAUGUGGAUUAUGUGCUAAUUUUAAAACAUUCGAUGACUUAAAUACAAUUUUCCCUCAGCAUAAUGUUGACUUAUUGAAAGCAAUUUAUGAUGACGUUGAAGACAUUGAUCUUUAUGUUGGGGGAACGCUGGAAACGCUUGCAACAUUUGACACUGUUCUUGCUGGUGAAACUUAUGGAUGUAUUAUUGGGGAGCAAUAUCGAAGAACAAUGGGA